UUUAAUGAACUGCCUUGCUCCAGGUGUACCGAAAGCUGUCGUCCUGGCCAAGCCAAGGUGGUCCUGGAAGGAAGGCCUCUUUGCUGCUACAGAUGUGUCAUGUGUGCAAAAGGCACCAUCUCCACUCAGGAAGAUGCAGAGAAGUGCACAAGAUGUCUAGAAGAUCAGCAUCCAAAUAAAGACCAAACCAAAUGCAUCCCCAAGAAAGUAACCUUCUUGUCUUACAAAGAAGACUUGGGCAUAAUCCUGGCUUCCUUUAGCCUCAUCUUGUCUUUGUUCACUGCCUUCGUCUUAGCAAUCUUCAUCAAAUUCUUAGAAACACCCAUAGUCAAGGCCAACAACCGGGACCUUUCCUACAUCCUUCUGGUCUCUCUCCUGUUGUCCUUCUUGACCUCCCUCCUCUUCAUUGGUCGUCCCAGGGCAGCCACCUGCCUUCUCAGGCAAACAUCCUUCAGCAUCAUCUUCUCUAUUGCAGUAUCUUCCAUCUUAGCCAAAACGAUUACAGUGGUGCUAGCCUUCCUGGCCACAAGACCUGGGAAUUCUGUGCGGAGAUGGUUGGGAAAGAUUUUAGCCAACUCUAUUGUCCUUUCUGGCUCUGGUCUCCAAGUUAUCAUCUGUACCGUCUGGUUGGGAGUUUCUCCCUCAUUUCCCGAGUCUGACGUGCACUCCCAGCCAGAAGAGAUUGUUCUGAAGUGCAAUGAAGGCUCUAUCAUCAUGUUUUACAGUGCCCUCUCAUACAUGGGCUUCUUGGCUGCCAUCUGUUUCACGGUGGCUUUCCUGGCCAGGAACCUUCCUGGGGCCUUCAAUGAAGCCAAGCUGAUCACCUUCAGCAUGUUGGUCUUUUGCAGUGUGUGGGUGUCCUUUGUCCCCACCUACCUGAGUACCAAAGGGAAAUAUAUGGUAGCUGUGCAGGUCUUCUCCAUUCUGGCCUCCAGUGCUGGACUGCUGGGCUGCAUCUUCAUUCCCAAAUGCUACAUUAUCUUACUACGACCUGACCUGAAUACAAAGGAGCAGCUAACAGCAAAAA